AUGAGAUCGUUACUCUGGGCUUCGUUAUUACCUCUCUUGGGUACGGCUGCUGCGCAGUCUGAUAACAGGGAUGACCUCGUUUCUUUCGUCACAUUGCCGGACGUUCAGGUAGUGAAAUUUGACGUCAAAUACCAUCACCGUGAGGCCGUCGCUCCAGGAUAUUGGUUUGUGGCGCCCUACGGCGUCAUUACACCGGAGCCUGAAACCCAAAGAUGGCAGCCCUGUCAGGUUGGCCCGCAUAUUUAUGAUGCCGAUGGGGAACUGGUAUGGACGGGCUCUUGCCUGUUCGACAACCUAAACGUCUUCGACUUCAAAGCGGCGGACAACAUCGAGGACGGCAGCUAUCAUUUGUCGUUCAUCGUGCAGCGGACGUAUAGCGGUAACUCCAACAGGGGGUUUGGUAUCGUCUACAACAACGCCUACGAAGAGGAAUAUAAGGUCGAACCCCCCAGCUAUCUCUCGAGCUUCAACAUGCACGAAUUCAAUGUUCUUCCGGGGGGCAAGACGGCUCUUGCCUGCUCAUACCAGUCGGAAAACUUGCCCAUGGGCGAGCUCGGCCGCCCCGAUGAGUCCACCUACGUCCAGGUCGGCGGAUUCGUCGAGCUCGACCUCAAGACCGGCGACCCGGUUUUCGAGUGGGACUCGCGCGACCACAUCACCAUGGCCGAGUCGGUCAAGUACAACAUGUUUUCCUCGCCAGAGGGCAAGCCCGGCUGGGAUUACAUCCACGUCAACGCCGCCGACAAGGAUGCCGCGGGCGACUACCUCCUCUCCGCCCGCUUCACCAACACCAUCUACAAGAUCUCCGGUCAGGACGGCCGCAUCCUGUGGCGCCUGGGCGGCAGCAAAUCCGACUUCCAGCAGGACUUUACCUUCUCCAAGCAGCAUCACGUGCGCUUCAUCUCCUCCAACGACACCCACACCGUCGUCUCCUUCCUUGACAACGCCUCGGACGAGGUCUCCCAGGAUGAGCGCUAUUCCUCGGCCCUCUUCAUCGAGCUCGACACCACCACCAUGGUCGCCAAGGCCGUCCGGCGCUACAAGCGUCCCGACGGGGGGCUCACCCGGCUGCGCGGCAACGUCCAGGAUUUGAAGAACGGCAACGUCUUUGUCAGCUGGAGCGAGACCGGAUACCAUUCCGAGUUCACCGCCGACGGCGAGCUGCUGAUGGAGGCCCGGUUCUCUUCCGAGCGCUUCAACACCUACCGCGCCUACAAGUUUCCCUUUGUCGGCCUCCCCGCCGCGCCCCCGGCCGUCGUUGCCUCGGUGUACGGCACGCGCAGCAACGAUCUGACCACCGUCUUCCACGUCAGCUGGAACGGCGCCACCGACAUCGGCUCGUGGAACUUUUACGCCCGCGCCAGCAAGGACGGCGCCCCCGUCCUCGUCGGCACGGCCAACAAGACCAGUUUCGAAACCAUGUUCAUCGCCGACGGCUACCUCGACUGGGUCACCGCCGAGGCCGUUCACAAGGACGGCCGCGUGCUCCGCACCUCGGAGGUGCAGCGCAGCAUCGUCCCCGACGACUGGAAGGCCGUCGGCUUCGUCGAGGCGGACCCCUCGGCGGAUGAUCCUUCCAAGCUUUACGGCUCCAAGAGCGCUGAUUCUUCUUCUUCUUCUUCUUCUUCUUCUUCUUCUUCGUCUUCCGCCGACUUCAUCUCGGAUAGCACAAGCACAACCAGUGGAACAGGCAGUAGCGAUACCCAGCGCGAGCAGAAAGCCAUCGACGCCAUCUUCCUGGCGUACGACGUCAUUCGCGGCACGGCCCGCCUGCUGAUCGCCAUCAUCGUCCUGUGCGCCAUGGGCGGCAUCGCGGCGGGCGUCUUCUGGGUCCUGCGCCGCCGCCGCCAGCAACAGCAGCAGCAGGCGUACGCCAGCAUUCCCUCGGAGGAGGAACGGCCCAUGGCCGAGGUAGACGAGCGGCCCCGCUCGCCUGUGUCGGCUCACAGUGUAUAG